UGGCUAUUGAGCUCGGAUUUGGCCUCUUUGGAAACAAUAAGAAAUUGAAGUACCUCGGUGCAUAGUGCGAUCGCACUCAAGAAUAAGAAAUGAUCAAAGCAAAACGAAUCUAGUCCUAGAGAGCAGCAAAUCAUGGCAAUAAUAAAGGAAACCAAAGACGACAGAACAGAGAAGUGCCCAAAAGAAAUUUGAAAAACAAGACCAAAGAGAAGAAGACAGAUCAGAGAGAUUGUACAGGAUCUUGGGGGAGAAUCUAUACUCUUUACAGCAAGCUUUAUUUUUUCUCUUCAAAAGCAGAAACGGUGGGUCAGCUUGGUCUCUCCUGGGUCUUCCCUCUCGACUAUUUAUAUCUCUUCUACUAAUAGCUUGACAUCGGAGAUCAUGAACGAGUCUACCUCAGCUCCCCCACCAAAAGAUUCGAAGCCUAAAUGGGUACUUCCCUACAGGACCCAAGAUCUCGGAGAAAUCUACACACUAGGUCGAGAACUCGGCCAGGGCCAGUUCGGCAUCACAUACCUCUGCACAGAGAUGUCCACUGGCCACAAGUACGCCUGUAAGUCAAUCCCGAAGCGCAAGCUCCUCUAUGCAGAGGACUACGAGGAUGUUUUGAGGGAGAUUCAGAUAAUGCACCACUUGUCUGAGCAUCCACACGUGGUGAGGAUCCGAGGCACGUAUGAGGACUCUGUGGCUGUGCACUUGGUGAUGGAGCUCUGUGAGGGUGGAGAACUCUUUGAUAGGAUAGCGAAGAAGGGUCAUUUCAGUGAGAGAGAGGCUGCCAAGUUGAUAAAGACCAUCCUUGGGAUUGUGGAGGCGUGUCAUUCUCUGGGGGUUAUUCAUAGAGACCUCAAGCCUGAGAACUUCUUGUUUGAUAGUGCGGAGGAGGAUGCCGCUCUUAAAGCCACCGAUUUUGGGCUAUCUGUCUUCUACAAGCCAGGUCAAACCUUCUGUGAUGUUGUUGGGAGUCCAUAUUAUGUUGCACCAGAGGUGUUGCGGAAGCAUUAUGGACCUGAAACGGAUGUGUGGAGUGCUGGAAUUAUAUUAUACAUCUUGUUAAGUGGGGUGCCACCUUUCUGGGCUGAAUCUGAAAAGGGGAUCUUCCGAGAGAUUUUACAAGGUAAGUUGGAUUUUCAGUCUGAACCAUGGCCUGGGAUCUCCGAAAGUGCCAAGGAUCUCAUACGGAAAAUGCUUGAACGGAAUCCAAAGAAAAGACUAACAGCUCAUGAAGUUCUUUGCCACCCGUGGAUUGUAGAUGACAUUGCUCCAGAUAAACCUCUUGAUUCUACAGUGCUAUAUCGCCUAAAGAAGUUCUCUGCAAUGAACAAACUUAAGAAGAUGGCUUUGCGGGUCAUAGCUGAGAAGCUUUCUGAAGAAGAAAUUGGUGGUUUGAAAGAGUUGUUCAAAAUGAUAGACACAGACAACAGCGGAACAAUAACAUUUGAUGAACUGAAAGAUGAAUUGAAGCGAGUGGGCUCUGAACUUAUGGAGUCCGAGCUCAAGGAUCUUAUGGAUGCAGCAGAUAUUAACCGCAGCGGAACAAUUGACUAUGGUGAAUUUCUUGCUGCUACCCUGCACUUGAAUAAGCUGGAGAGAGAGGAGAAUUUAUUGUCGGCCUUCUCCUUUUUUGACAAGGAUGGCAGUGGUUACAUAACCAUUGAUGAGCUUCAACAAGCCUGCAAAGAGUUUGGUUUAGGUGAAGUCCAUCUUGAUGAAAUGAUUAAAGAAAUUGAUCAAGAUAAUGAUGGACAAAUAGAUUAUGGGGAGUUUGCUGCAAUGAUGAGGAAGGGCAAUGGAGGAGUGGGGAGGAGAACCAUGAGAAGCAAGUUAAAUCUGGAUGCCCUCGGACUGGUGAACAAUAGGUCUAAUGAGCUGAUUGAUUGUCCACCUUAAGUAAUUAAACUUUUGGCAAUUUAUUCUUAUGCAAGCAUCCUUAUGAAUAGAAAAACGCUGAUUAAAUCUUUGAGUGGUGUUGCCAUGAAGGCAACCUCAUCUUUCUUCCAUUGUAAGGUAUUUGUGAGGCAAAAUUAUAUGCCAGACAGCUUUUUCUUAUUCCAAGCAUUAUAUUUUCAUUGUAAUAUACAUAUUACAUAUAUAUUUUAUACUUUAUAGUCC